AGCUUAAAAGAACAUCACUCACAACAAUAGUAUUAUUGAGUAGUCUCUCAGAACAUAAAGAAUAGUUACUGUACCAAAUGCGUUGUCCUUUAUUUCUCCUCAGUACAAUAGCAGACUGAAGCUUGGAAAUUGGGCUAUACUAACGUCUACGGCAAAACACGGGAAGUAGAACUGUCGCCAGAAGAGGAUUCUUAACGUUUCUACGUAACAGCUGAGGAAAACUGCGAGCUUGUAAGGUCCAGCAGUAGCUGCCAGCUGGGCGAGCCGAGUGUUUCCUGGCUUUGAUGCGACCCGAUUGUGCCUGGAGCAUGUGCACAGCGGGCCUGACUGCCCAGGAGAUCUGUUUACCUGCAGACAGCCCCUUCCUGCGGACCAGUCACUGUCUCAGCAUGGCUGAAGCCAAGCCCUCAUGGAGCCACCGCCAUGAGCUGGACAACUUGUACUUCAGUAUGGAUCCAGCACCAACAGAAUACAACUUUCGAUUUCAGCAGCAGGUGCCACCAUCGCUCAAUUCUGAGAGACAGAAACAUAGCCCCGGUGCACAGUGGUUACCCCCAAAGAAAUCCCGUCCCACUCAUCUGUCCCUGUCAUCCAGCACUGAGCCCUCCACCCCUAGCCCUGCUGAGGAUGACCAGGUGGUCCCUUCCUUCCAGAGGUUGUCUGUGUACGAACACUGUAGUCCCCCCCACACACCUAGCCGGGGGGCCAAACCCCUGCCUCCUCUCCCUGGGCGGGCAGACCUUUCCCCUGACCAGGCCAUGGACAAUGAGGUGGAGUUCUUCACCAGUUCAGAUGACCGACGCUGCUUGGUGCCUGAGCAGUGUCACCCCAAACCCUCUGCCUUUCGCUACGGAGCCCCCAGCCGCAGGAGCUUCAGGGGCUGUGGGCAGAUUAACUAUGCCUACUUUGAGGGACCUGCGGGGCAGCAAAGACAACAGGAACAGAAGGAGCAGCAGCGGGUACAGGAACAACAGCGGCAACAGCAGCAGCAGGAACAGCAACAGAGGUUGGAGCAGGAGGUGCGGGAGCAAGCAGAGCAGCAGCCGGUGUGUCCCAGACAGCAGGACAGAGCCCAGAGGAAGCUGCGGCGCUCUCACUCUGGCCCUGCUGGCUCCUUCAACAAGCCCACGUCGCUGCGCCUGCCCUGUCACCACCGCCACACCCAGGGCAUGGACAAACCAAUGGUGCCCCCCCGCGUGCCCAUCCCCCCACGGCCCAUCAAGACUGCAGACUACCGCCGCUGGUCAGCCGAGGUGUCCUCUGGGGCAUAUAGUGACGAGGACAAGCCCCCCAAGGUGCCCCCCAGGGACCCUUUGUUGUCUCAAGGCAGCUCCCGUACCCCCAGCCCCAAGAGCCUCCCCUCGUACCUUAACGGUGUUAUGCCCCCCACACAGAGCUUUGCCCCAGACCCUAAGUACGUGAGCUGGGGUUUACAGAGGCAGAACAGUGAGGGGUCUCCCUGCAUCCUGCCUGUCAUGGAGAACGGCAGGAAGGCCAGCACCACACACUACUUCCUGCUCCCACAGAGGCCGGCCAACCUGGACAAACCUUACCCGGAGAAGAUACUCCAGGAUGUGGACUGCCCGGCAGGUCGCAGUAGGGGGGCUUCAGACCCAGAAUGGGAUUGUCAGACCAAGAGGAAAGUACAGGUGGAUAUAGUUUGACCCGGAGGAGACAAAUUAGGGAAGGACUCCAGUGGACACGUGCAAUCAACCACUGGGGACACGGUGCCUCAGGAUGCUGAGGCCUUCAAACACUUACUGCUGCUUUAACACUGACGACUUCGGUAGUUUUUACCUUGCUAUUCGAAAAACAUAUGGGUAUUUGACGUACCAUUUACAGUUACUGGGACUUUAGGAACUGCAACUACAACAAAGAUGCAUGAUCUAAAUGUGUUCUCUAACUAUUGAGUGUGUGGGUAAUAUGUAACAAUUUAGAGUUUUCUUUUUUUUAUAUGAUUUAAUAUUUUAGUACAUUGAGCAUAUGUAAAUGUUUUUCUGAUGGUGGUGCAGUUAGCGUAUAAGCUGCCUCAAGUUCUCAGUGGUGUGUGUGUGUCACAUGUAUAGGAUGUUUUGUGAGUUAUAUGUUGUGUUUUUGAUAUUGCUUUUGUGUCUCAGAACUUGGGGACAAAGGGUCAGUAAAGCAAUCAUCUCCUAUUGCAUAUAUGAAGUCUAAAGAAGAGGCCAAUGUAUUGAAACACUUUAUGAAGGAUUCUCCACCCACAUCCCCAUUUUAACUCCUAUUAUGUAUAAGCAUGAAUAUAGGAAUGCACAUAUGUUUCCUGCCUUGUUGAUAUUUCAGUCUUACUCAGGCCACUAUGUUUAUGAAUGGAAGUGUAUUUCUGUGUUUCCCUCACUGGAUGUACACUCUGUACCAGUGGGAGAGUGGAAUAAUGGUAUGCCUGUCUCCAGUGGAAUGUCUAGUGCAGUUUGUACUUUGUGUUAGGCGUGUGUGUGUGUGGUGCAACUGUGUUCCUGUUUUCCCUGCUGAUUUUGUGACUUUUCUACCAUAUCGUAGAAAACUAGGUUAACAAUAUUUGUUACUGUUCUCUUCCUGUUUUCAACACUGCUGCCAAAUACAUGGCCGUAAAGAGAAUCCUCCCUAACCCUUAUGCUACUUUCAGUGUCCAGGUUAUUUUGUGUUGCACAAAAAUGUGCCUGUUGAACAUAUGUGAAUGUAUGAUUGUCUUACUGUUUGGGCAGCUCAGUAGCUGGUCAAGCUGGGAGUCAUUGUCUUCUCACUAAUUGUCUUCAAUACUACCUCCCAAUGACAAAUCAAUAUAUAUAUAUAUAUACCCAAAAACCUUGUGGAACGUAAUCCUAAAAUAAUUUGAAAUGAAACCUCUAAAUUAAAACUGAAACAUUGCCAAAUAUUUCUCAAACGCCCUCAGUGAAAAUAUGAUUAAAAUCCAAACCACUACUUCACUUUCCAUAGUCCAUUUAUUUGACAUUAUUUUGACUACACCAAGUGAUCGUGGAUCCCAGAGACGUUGGGCUCACCUGAUAACAUAGACAUAUUAUGCUUGACUGUGUGGGGCUUACCUACCUGAAACGGACUUUCCUGUUCUGCUAAUGCAUUCCUGCCUGACAUGAUUGCAGUGGGUGUGGUCCAGAGACUUUGGCUGCUGGCGGCCAGGAAAUGAUAUGGAUUUUAUUGUUAUAGAUUAUUCAAGAAUCAUAAUGAUGACAUAGUGAAUUUAGCAAGUGCAUCGAAGUAACCCUGGAUAUAAAUCAUGGUGGUCGAAUUGGAUAGCAGAUUAGCUCUACAGUCAAAUGGUCACUUAAGUACAUUUUCCCUCAAAGGGAAAACAAACCUAGUAGAGGCUGUGUCGUUUUAUAUUUAAUGUAUAAUACAUUGUUUACAUUGUACACUGAUAGGUUAUUUAAUCUUAACCUAUUCCCAUGUCUUAUCGGAAACAAUGCAAUCAAAUGAAGACUAGUUCAUCGAGAAUAAUUGCCAUUAUCUGCUGUGGUGAAACGAAUGCACUGGGAGUAAAGAACAUGAUGCUGUGUUUAUUUAACAUAAAUAAACUAGUCAUUAUGAAUAUUUGAUCAAUGUAUCAGUCUUUUAAAGGGAAAAAUAAAAUGACUUAUUUAUGAA